AUGCUUGAAAAGAAGAAUACAGAUCAUUGUCUAAACUCAUACAAUGAAUUGAUAAACAAAGAGUUCAUUGACAACAAGAGUGAUGUUGUAAUCAAUCUCGAUGACUUUAUACAAGACGAUCAAUCAUUCUCAUUGGACAAGUUCAAACAAUCAUUGAACAUGACCAACCUCAAGAAUAGUCGCACCCGCAGUGGGGUGAGAUCAUUGCAGUCCUGGCAGAACUAA